AACAAAAUCUUCUCGUUAUGCAGUUGCACUCGGGAAAAUAUAAAAUGUGUAGAUUUAUUUUUAUACUGCUUUUCGUAUGUAACUUAAGCUUUAUUGAAAUAUAUGCUUAUACAAGAGAGGGUACAGUUUAUCCUGAAGCAGUGGGUGGUACUCCAGCCCCUCCACAAAAGUUUCGUAUGGCAGCUCGACUUGGUCAUCACUGCUCUAUUAGGAACCAAACGCAGUGGUUCUGCGGAGGAACGUUGAUUAGUAACCAGGUGGUUUUAACUGCCGCUCACUGCUUUUAUUCUGAUGUAGGAACAGUGAACACUGUGCGACUUGGAGAACUAGUUUUCGACACCAACGAGGACGAUGCUGAACCAGAGGACUUUGACGUUCUCGAAACUAAGGCCCAUCCAAACUUCCGGUACCCAGUUUUCUACAAUGAUAUUGGGGUUGUUCGUUUGCGAAGAAGAGUUACUUUCAGCCGUUACAAGCUGCCCGCCUGUCUGCCUCUGAAUGACGGAGAGCAGAUAGAUUUCUUCACUGCCAUCGGAUGGGGCCAGAAGAAUUUUGACAUGUUUGAGCAGUCCAAGGAACUGAUAGAAGUCGAACUGCGAAACUAUAAACAGUCCUGUGGAGAGACAAGAAAUACGAUCGAGGAAUUGCCCCUCGGUUACAAGGCAGAGUCACAGUUGUGCAUUGGAUCCCCGGGACACAUGGACACUUGUAAUGGAGACUCGGGAGGUCCGCUGCUGAUUGCCUUUCGUGGAAAUGGAUGCCAAUACCAAGUCAUGGGUGUCACGUCGGUGGGAAUCGCAUGUGGUACUCCGAACUUUCCCAGUUUUUACACGAGGGUGCACUUUUUCCAGGCUUGGAUUAGAAGGGAAUUGGCAAGACAUAAGAAUAUAUAAAAUAAGUUAUACUUAAAAAAAAAA